AUCCCAUCUUGCCAUUAUCUGUAGAAAAUAUAUAAAAGGCUGAUACUUUUUUAGGUUAAAGAGUUGUUUUUUCGAACACAAUCAUCAAAAGAUUAAUUUGAAAACAUGAGUCUUAAUGUAUCAGACGAAGGACAUUCGUACGUCAUCUCGAAACUGUACAAGGAUCCUAAUUUUCCAUCUAUCUACAAGGGAUUUUUGUUGGAUACCAUCGAAGAAGAAGAAUUCAUAUUAAACGUUUUGCAUAGAAUAUAUUUAGAUAAACGCUUUCAAGGAAAAAGACUUUUUGAAAUAGGAUGCGGUCCGACAGUUCACAGAAUAGCACCCGCGAGUCGUGUUUUUUCUGAAAUCAUUCAAUGCGAAUUUUCCGAACAUAAUCGCGAGAUUGUUCAAAAAUGGCUGAAAAACGAUCCAACUGCGCAAGAUUGGGGUCGUCUCAUCAGAAUUACAGCUAGACAAGAAGAAUACGGAGAUUUAGAUCAAGGGAUAAGAGAAAUAGAAAACAGAAUAAGAGGAAAAGUCAAGAAGAUCGUUCCCUGUGAUGUAUUACAAAAGAAGGUGAUUCAGGAAGAUAUUGGAAAGUGCGAUGUGAUUUUUACAUCUUAUUGUUUGGAAGGUGCAUGCCCUACUCCCGAGGCUUAUAAAUCAGCCGUUAAUAAGUUAGGAAAAUACGUAGUGCCAGGAGGAGGGUUAAUUAUGGUUGUUAUGUUAGAUAUGCCUUACUUUUGCAUGAAAAGUCCCGAGAAGAAGUAUAAAUGGGAUGUCUUGCCUGUCAGUCAAAAGUUGGUGAAUGAAGCAUUGAAAGAAGCAGGAUUUACGAAGAAACAUUGGUAUUUUAUGGAAAACAACGAAGAAUCUGAAGGAGGAGAAUUUUCGGGAGUGGUGGUCGUCUCAGCUCUUAAAAAUUAAUUUAAAUAAAUAAAUUUGCAAAUAUAUCAUCUUAUAUAAAUUUGAAAGAAAUUUCUUAACGUGAAAAUUUAGAAGUAAUACC